ACAAUUCCUCAGAAACUCGUUGUUAGGAUGAGUUUCUGGACAUUUUAUGUAUUAAAAAGUCCCAUUUGAUCGGAUGGGUUUUCAAUUACGUGGCUGCGCGCGGGUGAAGCUAAUAGCAACGCUAACAGCACAAGCUACCGAGGUUGCUCUGAAGGAAAAACACGAUGCGUUUGUUAUAAAUGUGAUUUUAUUUUGCUGUUAAACGACAGAGAAGAGGGCAUUAAUGAGUAUUGGAUUUAUAGAAUAAAUUAUUGAGGAGAAGGAGCGUCUUGGGAGUCUCAGAAGGUCCCAUGGAGGAGGAUGAGAGAGCAGGGGGAGUGGGAGCAGCAGCGAGGGGCUGGGAGAGUAUUGUGAAGGGAGUGCAGGCCAACGAGAGAGACAAAAGAGGCUGCGGCUGUAUUGAGUGUGCUGGUGGUGUGUCCGUCUACGAAGCCACAAGCUAACCGCACCCCCCUCCUCCUCCUCUGGCCUUUAUGCAGCACAAACACACCGAAGAGGGAGAUCCUUCUCGUUCCAGAAAUCACCGGGAAGCGAAGUUGCGGACUCUGGGAAAGGAGAGCUCCCUCUGACCGGACGGUUCUCCUCCGCUCUCCCCCGUCCUCUACUCUACUCGUCGAGUGGUUGGUGUGUGUGUGAGUGUGUGUGGGGUUGGGGAGAGAUAUAUAACCCAGAACAAAGGAGUCUUGAGCACGAGAAGGAACGAGUCGAGACUAGCUCUGCCAUUAUCUUUGAAAGCAGGCCAAAUGCCUGUGUGAGAGACUCGGUUGUACGUCGGCUGCUCGGGUUUCUCCUCGACGAAGCUCGCUGUCCCCAAAGAGACGAAGAAGAAGGACAAAAACACGGCGAGGACACACGCGCACACAUAGGCUCGCGCGCAAGUCGGCGGCAACAAUGUUUCCUCAGAACCGACCACCGGCACCUCUGCAGCCACCUCCGGGGUCUUCUGCCUCGGUGGUGGCUGCUGCAGCUGCGGCUGCGGCGGCGGCAGCUUCAGGGACACCCCAGUCUCUGAAACUUACCUACCCAGAAACUCUGGAUCGCAUUAAAGAGGAGUUCCAGUUCCUCCAGACACAGUACCACAGUUUGAAACUAGAGUGUGAGAAACUGGCCACAGAGAAGACAGAGAUCCAAAGACACUACGUGAUGUAUUAUGAGAUGUCCUACGGCCUUAACAUUGAAAUGCACAAACAGACGGAGAUUGCCAAGCGGUUGAACGUGAUCUGUGCCCAGCUCAUCCCCUUCCUGUCACAGGAGCACCAGCAACAGGUGGUCCAGGCAAUGGAACGCGCCAAACAGGUGACCAUGGGGGAGCUAAAUGCUUCGAUAGGGGUACGUGGGCUCCCCCCUCUGCCUCAUAGCCAGCAGCUACAUGCACAGCACCUCUCCCAGCACGCUCAGGGUUUGCCAGUGGGUCCGCACCCAUCAGGACUGCCCCACCCGAGCCUGGCGCUUGGCGGAGGCUCUGGCCUGCUCGCCCUGUCUGGUGCUUUGGGCGCUCAGCUGGCUGCCAAAGACGAAAGAGCGCACCUGGAGGCGGCGGCGGCGGCCUCCGCGGCUGCAGCAGAGCACCACAGAGACCGUGAAGCAGGACCGAGCUCUCUGUCCAACGGGGAUAAGGGUCGCCCUGCAGACUACCUCAGCAACGGCAAGAAGAGGAAAGCAGACGAGAAGGAGUUCAUGACGGACUAUGGCAGCGACGCAGAUAAGAGUGAUGAUAAUUUGGUGGUGGAUGAGGACCCCUCGUCCCCCCGCAGCGUGCAGUCCUACUCAUCACGGGAGAAUGGUUUAGACAAGAUGCCCCCGUCUCGUAAGGAAGGACCCCCACAAGCCAGCCCCACCUCCCUGGCAUCGUCCAGCAGCGCUACCUCCCCCUCACGGGGCAAAGAGCCCCCACAGAGAGAAAAGUCCAGCACCCCCGGUAUGAAGCCAGGGACACCCAUGUCUCAGGAUUCCAACACCCCAGGACCAAGUGGGCCCCCACAGUUCAGACCCAUCCCUGGAAAGCCUGGUGUGGACCCUUUAGCUCUGGGCCUGAGGAACCCCUUGGCGGUGCAGGGAGCAUACCCUCCAGGAGCUUUUGGCCUGCCUCCUCCAGGGGUGAACGGUGACCUGCCGGGGACAGCGGGCUAUGGCUCUGGCCUUCACUUGGUGUCCCCUCAGAUGAACGGAGCCGCCGCCGCCGCGGCAGCUGCAGCUGCUGCAGGCUACGGACGGUCCCCUGUGGUGGGAUACGAGUCUCAACACCCACAUAUGAGGGUCCCCGGGCUUCCUGCCAGCCUGCAGACAGCCUCAGGAAAACCUGCCUACUCGUUCCACGUGAGCGCGGACGGUCAGAUGCAGCCGGUGCCGUUUCCCCCCGAUGCCUUGCUGGGUCCGGGAAUCCCGCGUCACGCCCGUCAGAUCCACACGCUGAACCACGGGGAGGUGGUGUGCGCCGUCACCAUCAGCACCUCCACGCGCCACGUUUACACCGGAGGCAAAGGCUGCGUUAAGGUGUGGGACAUCAGCCAACCAGGAAGCAAGAGUCCCAUGGCCCAGCUGGACUGUCUGAACAGAGAUAACUACAUCCGAUCCUGCAAGCUGCUUUCUGACGGGCGAACCUUGAUUGUUGGCGGUGAGGCCAGCACGUUGUCCAUCUGGGAUUUAGCCACGCCCACUCCCCGCAUCAAGGCGGAGCUAACGUCUUCUGCUCCGGCCUGCUACGCUCUGGCCAUCUCUCCUGACAACAAGGUGUGCUUCUCCUGCUGCAGCGAUGGAAACAUCGUCGUCUGGGACCUCCACAACCAGACGCUGGUCAGGCAGUUCCAGGGCCACACCGACGGGGCCAGCUGCAUCGACAUCUCCAACGACGGCACCAAACUCUGGACAGGUGGACUGGACAACACGGUCCGCUGCUGGGACCUCCGGGAGGGACGGCAGCUGCAGCAGCAUGACUUCACCUCUCAGAUCUUCUCUCUGGGCUACUGUCCGACAGGCGAGUGGCUCGCCGUGGGGAUGGAGAGCAGCAAUGUGGAAGUCCUGCACGUCUCCAAACCGGACAAAUACCAGCUGCACCUCCACGAGAGCUGCGUCCUCUCACUUAAGUUCGCCUACUGCGGUAAAUGGUUCGUGAGCACAGGGAAAGAUAACCUUCUGAACGCCUGGCGGACACCCUACGGGUCAAGCAUAUUCCAGUCCAAGGAGUCUUCAUCAGUUCUCAGCUGUGAUAUCUCACCUGACGACCAGUUCAUUGUCACCGGUUCUGGAGACAAGAAGGCCACAGUCUACGAAGUCAUCUACUGAUCUCUGAUUGGCUCUCCACAGUAAACGAAAUAAUCAGAGGGUGGAGCCAAGGCCCCCUCCUGCACCAAUGACUGUACAGAGAGUUGCUGGCAUGGAAAGCAAGAGACACUUCUUGUACUUUGUUGUUUCAUUCACGUUUGGGAGGAAAGAGGAGGAGAAGCAAUGAGGGACAAAGUCACAUCUCUGGAAAAACUUUGAUUUAAAUGCUCUGAGAACGCUGGUUAGUCUAUAGCUGUGAGAUUGUGGGAUUACUCCAAAGAACUUUUGUUUCUGUUCCCUUUUUUAACAAAUGAAAACCUCUGUAGUGUGAGAAGAUAGAAAAAACCCAACUUGUUUUUAGCUUUUGGAUUUACUGCAAACAGUUGUACUGCUUUGGGUAGAGUCGAAAGGCAGAGAAGAAGUUUUCAUUCAGAAAUAAUGUCCUGACUCGGUGCUGUGUGCAGAGUCCGAGCCCAAACCGUCGUCUCGGCCCAGUCUGGUCUCUCCCAGCACACGGCUGCUUUUGGAGGCAGCAGGUGAGUAGCAGAUGGCAGGACGGUCUGCUGAGGAUCCAGAUUAUUUUUUUCAGCAGCAACAUGAUUGUAAAAUUUCUCAUGCAUUCGUGGCAGAACAGGGCUUGGUUGGUUUCUUCUUAAAUGUCCUGAAAUGGCCGUGUUUGUGUCUUUUUCAGUUUUUUUUUUUUUUACAAGAAAGUGGGAUAAAGGCUCUGACACGAGACAAAAACCUCCACAAACUCUAUAGAAUCAGUACAAAUCCUCUGCUGCAACUUUCCUCUCCUCUCAUGUUUUUCUGUUGGACUUAGGGCACAUAUAGUUUUCUAAACUACCAUCAUGACCCUUGAACCUUGCUAUAUAUGAACAUGUAAAUAAAGUUCUCUAAAGACAAA